UGUCCCUCCACUGUGGCAAUGAUUUGUCCAUAUCAACUGCCAAGUCAUCAAGUCCCACACAAGUAAUACUAAAAACAUAAUUUCUCAAAUACAAUCAUGCAAUAAAAUUUCAUGCCUUAAUGGUCAAAACUGGUCAAGAGCAAAUUCCUUUUACACUAAGCAAACUUUUAGCAUGUUCAAUCCACUAUACAGAUUAUGUAGCUUCAAUUAUCAAAUACAUAAAAAACCAAAUCUUUAAACAAAAUUUAAUUCUUGAUCAAUUUGAUUUUAUUUCUGGACUUAGAUCUUGUAUACGUUUGUUGGUGAAAUGGACUGGUGAAGCUAUGCAGUUGAUUUGUUUCUUGAUUUGAGGAAUACUCUUUUGAAUUUUUAUUGUGUUUAUGGAAGAAUCUCAUUUGUCCACCAACUGUUUGAUGAAUUUUCAGAGAGGGAUUUGGUUUCUUGGAACACUUUGAUGGGUUGUGUGCAUAAUCAUUCUGUUGUUUUCGGUUUGUUUGUAGAAUUGCAUUGGGAUGAUGUUUCUGCUAGUGCCACGAUGAUGUUGUCGUUGUGUGUUUUGUCUGCGAUUAUUGCCUUGUGUCUUCUGACUUGACAGCACAGCUGACAUGGGCAAAUAUAAACUAUAUGCUAUAGGGGCUAAUGUCUCCUUUUCCCAAUCCAAAAACAGAAAAAACCAUGACGAGGAAUAACAAACUUCAACGGCUACAUGUCUCUCUCUCUCUCUCCGUGUAAUGAAUCAAAUUUCUGGCUAUAACCAAUGUUUUAAAAAAGAAAAAAAGAUGACAAAUGUUGAACCCAUAAACACAACCAAAAAAUACCCUCUUCUUUUGGAAAAAUCCUCUUUCCUCCACAUAUCUCGCCGUUUCUCAGAGGGUCAUCAAAUCUUUGACCCUCCCAAAAUGUGUUGCUUCCCUAAAAAUAGCUCAAUUUUUUUUCUUCAUUUUUGGGACAACAAUCUAAUGUAGGGACUUCAAUUUUGAUCCUUAUUUUUCUCUCUUCCCCCCUCCCCUGUGUGUGAUCCCUUUUUCCCAUCAGAGUUUUUAUUCCUUUGAUGGGGGGACAUGGGUUGUGUCAGCUCCAAGCAGGCCACGGCCCAUUCCCCGCCACACCACAAUUACAAUUCCUCCUCUAUAAAAACUGCUGUUAUUAACAGAAAUGGAGAAAUUAUUAAAGAUCCCAAUUUGCAGCAUGUUAAUAAGAGUGGAUUUGGCCCUUUGGAGAAGAUUAAAGAGGAACCCGAAAAGGAGAAGAAGGCGGAGUCUUUAAUUCGAAGGAGUUCCUCGAAUUCUAGAGGUUCCAAGAAAGGGAGUAAUGAAAAAAAGGCUAAUUUUAGUAUCAAAUUUGGAAGGUUAACGGAAGGAGAACAUUUGGCUGCUGGUUGGCCCGCGUGGCUCACUGCUGUCGCGUCUGACGCUAUUGAUGGAUGGCUGCCUCUAAGAUCAGACGCGUUCGAGAGAUUAGAAAAGAUUGGACAAGGUACGUACAGCAGUGUUUAUCGUGCACGUGACAUCGAGACUGGUAAAAUGGUUGCCCUGAAGAAGGUGAAAUUUGACAAUUUCCAGCCAGACAGUGUCAGAUUUAUGGCCCGAGAAAUAACAAUUCUUCGCAAACUUGACCAUCCAAAUAUCAUGAAGCUGAUCGGAAUAGUCACUUCUCGGUUAUCAUGUUGCAUAUACCUUGUUUUCGAAUACAUGGAACAUGACCUCUCUGGACUGUUGUCAUGUCCUGACAUCAAGUUCACUGAUUCACAGAUCAAAUGUUAUAUGCGGCAGCUGCUGAGUGGACUAGAGCAUUGUCAUUCCCGAGGUAUAAUGCACCGAGAUAUUAAAGCAUCCAACGUUUUGAUAAACAAUGAAGGAAUUCUAAAGAUAGCAGAUUUUGGUCUUGCAAAUUUCCUUAGUGCUAGGCACAAGCAACCACUAACCAGCCGCGUAGUGACUUUAUGGUAUCGACCUCCUGAACUUCUGCUGGGAUCCACAAAUUAUGGGCUAACGGUGGAUUUGUGGAGUGCUGGUUGUGUUUUUGCAGAGCUAUUUUUCGGGAGGCCUCUCCUGAAAGGGAGGACUGAGGUUGAACAAUUGCACAAAAUCUUCAAGCUCUGUGGUUCUCCAUCUGACGAAUACUGGAGAAAGUCUAAACUUCCACUUGCGACAAUUUUUAAACCCCAACAUCCUUAUGAGAGUACACUCCGAGAUAGAUGUAAAGAAUUACCAAAAACUGCUGUCAACCUUAUAGAAACACUUCUUUCAAUUGACCCUCAUAGACGUGGAACUGCUACAUCUGCUCAUGAUUCUGAGUAUUUCAGUACAAAGCCUUAUGCUUGUGACCCGUCAAGCUUGCCUAAGUACCCCCCGAACAAGGAAAUUGAUGCAAAGUUCCGAGAAGAAGCACGGAGAAAGAAGGCCAGUUCCACAGUGAAAGCAUCUGGAGCUUCAAGAGAUUCAAGAAAUGUGCAAAAAGCUCUUCAAAAAUCGAGCAACUUCGGCAUAGUGGUCUCAACUGAGGAAGCUGAAGCCAAUAUUCACAAUGGCCGUAGAAACAAUGGUGGUAGCGGCCAUAUUUCUAAAGGAAAAGGAGCUACCGUGGCACGUAUAUCAAUGAAACCAUCUUAUGAUACAGUGUCAGAGGCUUCUCAGAUGACCGAAGAAUCUCAAGGCGAAAGCAUUCGAUCUGUCCCUGCUCAAAUGACAGCGUCAAGUGGCGUUACCUGGGCGAAAAAGAGAAAGCAAGAUUCUGCAGCCACAAGGCCACAUCCACAGGACAAUUCAAGAAGUCAAAAGUUUAUUGCCUUUGAUCUUUCCAAUGUACUACAUGCUGCAGAUACCUCAGAUUUAAACAUGCAAGAUAGUUAUGACUUUUCUAGCAGGAUCAACACUGAAGCCAGAGGCCGCAACAAUGACGCCACGCAUUCUAUUGGCAGGCAAUAUACUCACGAGUCUCAAGAAUUGUCAGAGGACUACAAUGGCAAACAAAAAAGGGUUGGGUUCUCAGGACCAUUGAUACAACAGAGGAGUGAUGCAAAGCACGAUAAUCAAACUCGCCAAGAUGGUCGCAGAUCCCGGUUUUAUAGAGAUUUACAAUGAGAAUGAGCUGGAAGUGCAUCCUGCAUCCCUUAGCCAGUGAAGUGACUCGGGAGAAUUUUUUGUUGAUCGAGAAAGAAAAUCAAAGUCUGUUAAGAUAUGUGGCCAUUUCAUUUCAUUUUUGCCCUGGCCACUCUAUUUAUGAAGGGAUUGGCAUCGUGGUAAACUCUGACCCUUGCAACUAUAUUUUUCUGGCAGAUCAUUUGGGAAAUUAGUAAAGAGAUCGUGCAGACAAAGACAUUUACUGGUGAAAGACAGUUUUUAUACCAAAUAUGAUGGAAUCACCAGAAUCUUGGUGCUGAAAUCCUGAAAGUGGUUGGCGGAAUCGGAAUUUGAUAAUAUGCUGGAGAAUCGCUAAAUGUAUGCCCCAAUUGUUUUUUCUUCCAUUUCUUGAUUAGUGUCUAGGCUUCCCUUAUUGUAAUUGGAAAAUAUGUAUACACACAUAUAUACCAUUAGUUGACAUGUUUAUAUAUACUAAAGAUUCCAGUAUUCCACCAUC